AUGCCGUCUGACGAGAUAAAUUUCUUUCACUUUCAUUUCAUUCCUCUUCUCUGUCUUUUUCCUUUCUUUCCUCUUCUCUCUCUCUUUCCUUUCUUUCGACUUCUCUGUCUCUUUCCUUUCUUUCCCCUUCUCCGUCUCUUCCCUUUCUUUCCACUUCUCUCUCUGCUUUCUUUCCUCUUCUCACUCUCUUUCCUUUCUUUCCUCUUCACGGUUUCUUUCCUUUCUUUUUCUUCUCCACCUAAUUCCUUUCUUUCCUAUUCUCUCUCUCUUUCCUUUUUUCCUCUUCUCUCUCUCUUUCCUUUCUUUCCUUUUCAUUGUCUCUUUCCUUUCUUUCCUCUUCUCUCUCUCUCUUUCCUUUCUUUCCUCUUCUCUCUCUCUUUCCUUUCUUUCCUCUUCCCUGCCUCUUUCCUUUCUUUCCUCUUCCCUGUCUCUUUCCUUUCUUUCCUCUUCACGGUCUCUUUCCUUUCUUUCGACUUCUCCGCCUCAUUCCUUUCUUUCCUCUUCUCUCUCUCUUUCCUUUCUCUCUCUGUCUUUCCUUUCUUUCCUCUUCUCUGUCUCUUUCCUUUCUUUCCUCUUCUCUGUCUCUUUCCUUUCUUUCCUCUUCUUUCUCUCUUUCCUUUCUUUUCUAUUCUCUGUCUCUUUCCGUUCUUUCGUCUUCUCUCUCCCUCCUUUAUUUCUCUCCUCUCUCUCUCAUUUCCUUCCUCUUCUCCUCUCUUUCCUUUUUUCCUCUUCUCUCUCUGUCUUUCCUUUGUUUCCUCUCCUCUCUCCCUUUCCUUUCUUUCCUCUUCUCUCUCUGUCUUUCCUUUGUUUCCUCUCCUCUCCCCCUUUCCUUUCUUUCCUCUUCUCUCUCUGUCUUUCCUUUGUUUCCUCUUCUCUCCCCCUUUCCUUUCUUUCCUCUUCACUGUCUCAUUCCUUUUUUCCUCUUCUCCGUCUCUUUUCCUUUCCUUGCUCUCUCUCUCUCUUUCCUUUUUCCUCCUCUCUCUCUCCUUCCUUCCUUUCCUAUUCUCUGUCUCUUUCCUUUUUUCCUCUUCUCCGUCUCUUUCCUUUCCUUGCUCUUCUCUCUCCCUCUUUCCUUUCUUUCCUCUUCUCUCUCUCUUUCCUUUCUGUCCUCUUCUCUGUCUCUUUCCUUUCUUUCCACUUCUCCGUCUCUUUCCUUUUUUUCCUCUACUUCGUCUCUUUCCUUUAUUUCCUCUUCUCUCUCUCUUUCCUUUCUUUCCUUUUCAUAAUCUCUUUCCAUUUUUCGUCUCCUCUGUUUUUCUCCUUAUUUCAUCUUCUCCGUCUCUUUCCUUUCUUUCUUCUUCACUCUCUCUUUCCUUUCUUUCCUCUUCUCUGUCUCUUUCCUUUAUUUCUUCUUCUCUGUCUCUUUCCUUUCUUUUCUCUUCUCUGUCUCUUUCCUUUCUUUUCUCUUCUCUGUCUCUUUCCCUGCUUUACCUCUUCUUUCUCCUUCCCCUUCUCUCCAUUACUUUUUCUAUAUGUGAAUAA